AUGGCGGAGAAUCAGGAACAUGAUGUUACAAUUAUUAAAGAACGCAUUUGUACAAUAUUGGAGGAAUUAAAACGCCAGCUAACCUCCGAUAAUUUACGACAAUAUGUGUUGGAUUACAUAUCUACUAGACUUGAAAGAGUCCAUAAUAUUUUAACGUUAAGUUCUCAGUUAUUUAACGUCGAGGGCAGGUUAUUUGCAUGUAUUUCAGAAGCACAAUAUCUGCUGAGCAGUGCAUGCGACACAAUCAAUGGAACACAUAGUCAACCUGAAAAAUAUUUACUGGAAACCGUGGACGACCUAGUUACAAUAUAACCAGAGAACAAAUAGAAUAUUUCAUUGACUACGGUUUUAAGGCGGGCGAAAUUGCUACUUUACUUGGAGUAAGCGUGGCCACAGUUCGAAGAAGGUUGCAAGAUUUUGAACUUUCUACAUCGGUCUGUCGUACCCCACUAUCUGAUGAGCAACUUGAUGAAGUUGUCAAAGAUAUCAAGCGAAAUUUUGUACAAAGUGGAUAUAGAAUGGUUCUCGGACUUUUACGUUCAAGAGGAUUUCGGAUUCAAGAGAUCCGGGUUAUGGAAAGUCUCCGACGUGUAGAUGUUGAGGGUGUAAUAAUGCGAUCCUUACAACUGAAAACCAUUAAUCGACGAGAAUAUAAAGUCUAUGGGCCUAAUGCAUUAUUGCAUAUCGACACUAAUCACAAAUUGAUUAGGUAAGCUUCAUGAUUGUAAGUAACCUAUUGUAGUAUUUUGUACCUCCUCUAUAAUAAACACAUGCAUUGAAUCUGGCAUGCACUCAUAUAAUUUUAGGUGGAGGUUGGUCAUCCAUGGUAGCAUUGAUGGUUUUUCACGUGCUAUAACUCACCUUAACUGCCAUGAUAACAACCGCGCUGAUACUGCAUGUGCAGACUUUCGUGGAGCUGUCCAUCAGUUUGGUCUCCCAAGUCGUGUUAGGACUGACCAAGGGGUAGAGAAUGUAGACAUUGCAAGAUAUGUGCUUGAUCAUCCUGAGAGGGGUGUAAAUAGAGGCAGUCAUAUUACAGGUAGAAGUGUUCACAACCAGCGCAUAGAGAGGUUGUAG